UAAUGUUAUUAUCAGGGAACAUCUCUCUGAAUCAUGCCCGGUGAGAGCAGUGCCACACCCUCGGGCAUCGUUACCGCAGCAGCACCGGUACCGGGUGCUCUGGGUUGGUGUUGGUGGGUGGGUGUGAUCAUGUGACGCCUUCAUUUCCGAGACAACAAUACCACACCGAAUCGGUCUGCAUCGUCUCUCCCGCUCUCUCUCUCUCUCUCUCCCUCCUUACCUGCGCCUCGCUCUCGGUAUGGCGGACGGCGAGAGGUCCCCGUUGCUCUCAGAUUUGGGGGAUGGUGCUCUUGGCAGCGGUAACGGCGGGGUUUCUCCCGGCGCUGGGUCCUACAGUGUGCCCAACAAACCAGAGGGUUUUCCCCCUUUCCCCAGUGCCAGUCAGCCCUCGGUACUUCUAGGGGAGGACCCUCCACCCUACUCCCCACUCGCCUCCCCGGAGAGCGGAAAUGCCCCUGUUAUCAGCUGCAGGGUGUGUCAGAGCCUCAUCUCUGUGGAGGGGAAGAUCCACCAGCACGUGGUGAAGUGUGGAGUUUGCAAUGAAGCUACGCCCAUUAAGAAUGCCCCAGCAGGAAAGAAGUACGUUCGCUGCCCCUGCAACUGUCUUCUCAUCUGCAAAGUCACUUCUCAGAGGAUUGCCUGUCCCCGACCAUAUUGUAAGAGGAUAAUAAAUCUGGGUCCUGUUCAUCCCGGGCCGGCCAGUCCUGACCCUCAGCCUGCUGGAGCCCGGGUCUCCUGUGGACACUGCAGCAACACCUUCUUGUGGACAGAGUUCACGGACCGGACGCUGGCCAGGUGCCCGCACUGCAAAAAAGUGUCCUCCAUUGGACAGAGGUAUCCCCGGAGGCGAAGUCUGUGGUGCUUUCUACUCUGCUUGCUGUUCAGCAUUUCCACUGCUGGACUAAUGGCUGGAACGUGGGUGAAGGCGCAGACCUACCCGGGGAUCUACGCCUCGUGGGCCGUCAUGCUGCUCCUGGUUCUGGUCACCUUGGCUCGGGCCUUUUACUGGGUGUGCAUGAGGGUCAGCCAGCCGCUUCAGAACUUCACAUAGAGGCCCGUCGUCUGCCACCUCCCGACCCGACAGGAUGGGGGAAAGACGGCUUCGAAACAAAACAGAAUAUAUAUAUUUAAUCCAACCCCACAUGAAGAAGAUGUCCUGCUCCUCCUGUCCCUUCCCUUCUAGUCAGACAUGUUUCCAGAACUGGAAUGGUGGCUGCUGCGGCUGCUUUAUCGUAUCUAAGUGGCUUCCAGCCUAGUGUAAUGAUGUCCUAAUCCAAUCAUCUGGGAUCAUUUUAACAUUUUAACUCUUGUUUUCCUCCUUAUUCCCGCGUUGUUGAUAACUUUCGGCUUCAGUCUGUGGCACUCCUGUUUUUGUUUUGAGGUUAUUCCCCAUCAGUCCAGACUCAAUGUAAAACCAUUCAGCCUUUAAGAUGUUCAAACUGCAAAACAUCUGUCAGAUGAAGCUAUUAAUGCCGGCUUAAGCCUCCCUUUGUCAAUCAAAAGAUCAAGAAGUUAUAGAAACUUCUCUGAAAAAUUACAAUUUAGUGGAGUUCGGUCGUAGGCGAUGAUUUUCCCCCUCCUUAACUUGAUGUUUAUGUCAAAUUAUUCCCCUGAGACUGACUUUGAUCCAAAUCAGCUUGAAAGCCUUAAGAGGAGGUGUGAUAGAAGGAUUCAGCACACAGACAUGCAGCCACGUCAAUGAAUCACAACAAAGGGGAGAUGCUCCUUUUUAGAGCUGCCUGGCUGCAUCGAAGGCAGCCCAGCCUCCCUCUUCAAAGAUGGACCUAAAAGCAGAUUUUCUCCUCACUUUUGUCCUUAUCUCGCCAAUAGAAGAAGUAGUAGUUGAAAGGUUUUCUUGUUGUUUGAUGAGAGCAAAGCCACAAGAUUUAUCUUAUACAUUUCAUCUUUUUUCCUUUUUCUUUCUAUCUUUCAGUGCAUCAUAUAAACCUAUGAAUGAAGACAUUCCCAUUCCCUAAAACAUUCCAUCAUACAGGAUUAUGUUUGUACUUUUAGUUCUUUUUCACUAAAGGCAACAAAAUCUGGUUAAAUGGAAAGUUUAUUGUUUUUUUCCUUUUACUUUUUUUUUUUUGUUGCAGUUCACUGCCCUGAAUUUUCUUCUACUUUAAUGGUUAGUUUUUUUGAAGAUGGA